AUGGAGGAGAUCCAGAGGCAGCUGACUCAGCGGUAUGAAGGCGCCAAGCAGAGGAAGGUGCGGUUCAAGCUGGCGUCGUCGUACAGCGGCCGCGUGCUGAAGCACGUGUACGAGGACGGCCAGGAGGUGGACAGCCCCGAGGAGAAGUACCCCCACAGCUUCCUCCACCGCAAGCUCCCCCCCAGCCACCUGGAGCUGGAGCAGCUGUGUGGCUUCCAGGAGCCCCCCCCCGAGGACCAGCCGGGUGUGUACCCUCCCACCGGGGUGAUCGCCCAGCGCAUCAACGUCUACCGGGGGAUGGCUGGCUACAAGCCUGCUGUGUCCCAGGGCGACGGGACUCAGGGGGACCCCGAUUCCUCAGUGCUGGACUUUGGCAAGAUCAUCAUCUACACCAGCAACCUGCGCAUCAUCCGGGCCCCCCGGCAGAGGACCCCGGAAGCGGCCCCCCAGAGUAGCCCCGAGGCGCCACCGAGACGGGGCGGGGCCGGCCCGGAGCCCCGCCCCCACAGCAGCAGGAGGAGGAGAUCCAGGAGGCAGGAGGUGGCCAGCGGCUGCCAGCAGUGCGGGGGCUCCGGCCGGGCGGCCUGCUCCCUGUGCCACGGCAGCAAGCUGUCCUCGCUGGCCAACCGCUUCCACGGGUCCAUCAGCGACCUGCGCUGCCAGGCCUGCUACCCCCACGGCCUGGAGCCCUGCCAGGCCUGCACCGCAACUGCCAAGUAG